GAGGCCGCCGCCAAGAAGAAGCCGGCUAAGAAGGCGUCAGCCGGAGGAGCCAAGAAAGGCAUCAAGAAGGCGUCCGGUCCCGCCGUGUCCGAGCUCCUCGUCCAAGCCGUGUCCGCUUCCAAGGAGCGCAGCGGGGUGUCCCUGGCCGCCCUCAAGAAGGUCCUGUCCGCCGGAGGAUACGAUGUGGACAAGAACAAGAGCCGCCUGAAGAUCGCCCUCAAGGCGCUGGUGACUAAGGGGAGCCUCGUCCAGGUCAAAGGCCAUGGGCCUCCGGAUCGUUCAAGAUCAACAAGAAGCAGCCCGACGGCGACAAGAAGAGCAACAAGAAGCCAUCGGCGGCGGCCAAGCCCAAGAAACCUGCCGCCAAGUCCCCCAAGAAGAAGGCGGCCGGCAAAGCCCCCACCGCAGCCAAGAGCCCCAAGAAGAAGCCGGCCGCCAAGAGACCGGCAAAGGCUGCAGCCAAGAAGGUGA